GUUUGAAGCGGUACGUAGCACCGAUCAGCACCUUGAGCUACCUUACCUUAUGCUCAGAGGCAGGCAGCCCCUCCCCAGCCCAAGCUGACCUCACUUGGGGGAAGCUUUCCUCGCCAUCUCCAUCUCCUUCUCUUCCGUAUUCGAAUACUGCAAGACUCGUCCAUCUCCGCGUCCCCUGCUGAACCUCGUGCGGUCGCCAGCCCGAACAACUCUUUGGAACGCUCUGUAGCUCUGCGUCUCAUUCCCAAGACACGCCACCACCCUCGCCACCACUAUCGUCUCAUACCACCCGCCAGAUUCUUUUGAAACGAGCUCAUGGCUUCCGUGGAACACUGCCUCUACUGCUUCGAGGCUCUGGCUUCGCACCUGGAGAAGCGACCGGGACUGUCCCUCAAGGAGAUCAAACAGUCCUGGCCCGAAUACGCCAAAACCCUGUCACCAGGCCUCGGUGACGGCAAGGACGGCAAGAAGCUCUUCCCGGCCCUGCAGCGCCUCGCCGAACCCUCCAGCGACUCCGCCUCGGCCUCCUCCGGCUCUAGCAUCUCCCUCUCCGCCGAGACACCCGCAACCUCCGCCGACUCCCUCGCCGAAGACGAUGAGACCGACGACAUCUCCGAGUCCCCCCUCUUCGUCACCUGGAACACCGUCUCCCCCCGCUCGGGCCACCGCUCGCUGCGCGGCUGCAUCGGCACUUUCGAAGCCCAAGACCUCGCCGACGGCCUGUCGAGCUACGCCCUCACCUCGGCGCUGCACGACAUGCGCUUCCCGCCCGUCGAGGCGCCCGAGCUCCCCUCCCUCGAGGUCGCCGUCACCCUCCUCACCGACUUUGAGGACGCCGACGACGCCAUGGACUGGACCCUCGGCGUGCACGGCCUGCGCAUCAGCUUCUUCUACCACGGGAAACGCUACGGCGCGACGUACCUCCCCGACGUCGCCGUCGAGCAGGAGUGGACCAAGGAGGAGACGCUGGUGAGCCUCAUGCGCAAGGCGGGGUGGAUGGGCAGCAAGAGCAAGUGGCAGGACGUCGAGCUCAAGGUCGUGCGGUAUCAGGGUAAGAAGGAGUCUUUGGAGUAUGGCGAAUACAAGAAGUGGGCCGACUGGGUUCGGAAGAACAAGACGAAGUCUGGCUGAGCUAAGCACCUGGGCUUUCUAUGCUGCCAACAUUAUGACGAAGAAUAUGGGAAUGGCGUUAUACUUGGGAAUUGAGACAUCCAUUUUUAGGAGUCAUGGAUCAGGCAAUGGGUUACAUGGAUAUAGAAGGCUUUCGAUCCCUCCUGUUAGAUGGAGGGAUGCCUUUGUGUGGUAAUACAGGCAACUUCAGCUCUACAACUCUAGCUAACCGUUUGUAUGGGUAUUGAAAUGUGGUUGUGGUCGUAUGUGAUAGAUGUUGUAGCGGUAUCUGAAUGCUUUGGGUAGGUAAGAACAUGACAACGGUAGCCAACUUCAAAUGGUAUGGAUGGUAUCACAUUCAGUGCUGAAGCUCAUCUACGAUAGCAGCAUGGUU